GGAGACAACGGCCUUCACUGCCUUGACGUUCCUAGCUCACCAGGGUCUCACCUUCGUGCCACUGGGCUACCGUGCCCCUGAGCUUUUCAACAUGGACGAGCUUCACGGUGGAUCCCCGUGGGGAGCGGGAACUCUGGCCGGCGGCGAUGGCUCUCGCCAGCCGUCGAAGCCGGAGCUGACGGUCGCUACCACCCAGGGUAAGUCGUUCGCUGAAGUGGCCAAGAAGCUGGCGGCUUAAGCACUGCGAUUAUUUGUGUGUGUGUGUCUUGGCUCAAGCUAAAUUCUAAUGCAAUAAAAUUUAGUUUUACACGGAAAUGCGCUUCCUAUUAAAAAAAAA